ACCGUGCGCGUUCACCCAUUGUGCGUGUGUAAUCUCAACCCUCAGAAGCUUUGCGCCGCACAUCCGUCGUCUCAAGCGCGUCCUCGCGUCUAAACAGGUAGUCAGGCUCUCACCCCAGCAUCAAUUCUGCAGGCUUCUACUUGGGCACGACGCUGAAAACGAGAGAGAAACAAGACAGGAAAGAAAGCAGUGCUGAGACGGACAGAAGAGAGGUAGUACACGGAGAGAGAGAAAGCUAGGUGUUACCCCGAGAGAUGAAGGUGCGAGCGGCGGUGUUUUGCGGGGCUUGGCUUCUGCUGGCCCUGGCCUCUGGCGGGGAUGCUGCAGGGGAUGGAGGCAUCUCGUUCGAGUACCACCGAUACGAGGAGAUGCGUAAAGCGCUGGUGUCCGUGUGGCUGCAGUGCCCCUCCAUCACCCGCAUCUACACAGUGGGGGAGAGUAAUGAGCGCCGAGAGUUGCUGGUGCUGGAAAUGAGCGACAACCCCGGGAUCCACGAGCCUGGUGAACCGGAGUUUAAGUACAUUGGGAACAUGCAUGGCAAUGAGGCUGUGGGCAGAGAGCUGCUUAUCUAUCUGGCUCAGUAUCUGUGUAAUGAGUACCAGGCAGGCAAUGACACCAUCAUGGACCUGAUCCACUCCACACGCAUUCACAUCAUGCCCUCCAUGAAUCCUGACGGGUUUGAAAAGGCGGCUUCUCAGUCUGGCGAGAUGAAGGACUGGUUUGUUGGCCGCAGUAAUGCUCAGGGCAUCGAUCUAAACCGGAACUUUCCAGACCUUGAUCGCAUCGUCUACAUGAACGAAAGAGAGGGAGGAUCCAACAACCACCUCCUGAAAAACAUGAAAAAAGCUGUUGAUGAAAACCCCAAGCUGGCUCCAGAAACUAAAGCCGUCAUUCACUGGAUCAUGGACAUUCCAUUCGUCCUCUCAGCCAAUCUACACGGAGGUGACGUUGUGGCCAACUAUCCAUAUGAUGAGACACGCAGUGGCUCUACUCACGAGUACAGCGCCAGUCCAGAUGAUCUGGUGUUUAAGAGUUUGGCAAAGGCUUACUCCAGCUAUAACCCUGUGAUGUCCGACCCAAACCGGCCACCAUGCCGCAAGAAUGAUGAUGACUCUAGCUUCAAAGAGGGCAUCACCAACGGAGGAGCCUGGUACAGUGUCCCUGGAGGUAUGCAGGACUUCAACUAUUUGAGCAGUAAUUGCUUCGAGAUCACUCUGGAGCUGAGCUGUGAUAAGUUUCCUCCUGAGGACACGCUCAAACAGUACUGGGACCAGAAUCGCAACUCACUUGUCAACUACAUAGAUGAGGUUCACAGAGGAGUGUCUGGAUUUGUGAGGGAUCUCCAAGGCAACCCCAUCUCCAAUGCCUCUAUCUCUGUUGAAGGAAUUGACCAUGACAUCACCACAGCUAAGGAUGGCGAUUAUUGGCGCUUGUUGGCUCCUGGUAACUACAAGGUUUCAGCGUCUGCUCCUGGAUACCUCACUGUGGUCAAGAAGGUGGCUGUUCCUCACAGCCCUACUACACGGCUGGACUUUGAGCUGGAGUCGCUGGAAGAGAGGAAAGAGGAGGAGAAAGAGGAGCUCAUGGACUGGUGGAAGAUGAUGUCAGAGACCCUCAACUUCUAAGCAGAGGCCCUUGCCAGCGUUCUGGGUGUAAAAUAUUUAUUGUCUUUAUAUGUGUUCAUCAACUUAAAGGCCAUCAUUCUGAUGAUUUGUUUGUUUUGAUUGUUUUACGUUAGAGGCACUGAAUCUGGACUUUAUAAAACAGCCAUAAUACUCUUAAUACGUGUUGGUAAAGAACUGUGCUAUUAAAUGUAUUGUUUGGUAAAUUAUCUGCAUAUACAGAACAACGAUUUUCCUUGUUAAGAUUGAUGAAUACAAGUAUUGGCACUAAAUUAAAUGCCACAUGAAGUUCCCCUACAGUAAAGUUGAUAUCUUGCACAUCGCAGUUCACAAUAUCAGCCUAGUUAUGAUUACUUUAAAGCAUUGUGUAUCAUUUGCCGGUGUUCCACUCAGGCAUGCAAAGUUAAAAACACAUACAUAUAAAACAAACACGAAUACACCGAGAGUUUUAUUAUUUUGAACGCUGUUUGACUGAUUUGUUUCUAUUUUGUAACAUUGUGUUUUACAUUGAUAUCGUGCAAUUACUUUGUAGUUAUGGUCACCAAUCACAUCAACCAAUCAGAGAGCACUGUGUUGUGAUGAAUGUACGUUUCAGCAAAGAUUAUUACUAUUUAUUCUGAUUGUGACUGAUUUCUUCUGACACCCAUCAUACGAAGUCUCUUUCUGUUCAAACACUGUCUUGUGAGUUUAAACAAAGUUAUGCUUGAUGUUUUUAAAGGGAGUGCUUUUGAUAAACCUAUUUCAUAAUUACAACUUUGAAUAUCAUAUCCAGAUGAAAAUUAAAAAGGUUAUCAACUGAACUCCUGCAUUAUGUCAUACGAAACUAUAAAGGAAAUUUAAUAAUUUUAAACAUAUUAUAGAUAAUAGCUUGUAUUAUCUGUUUGUAACGCAGAUUUACAUUUUAGAUCACGAAACAACAGAAUUUAAUGGCACAAAAAUGUUUAUUCAGAAUGUAGAGAUAAAUCGGAAGGUUUUGUAAUCUAUACCAAAAUGCACAAUUGUACGGUACUUUAUUGAACAUUCUAUAUAAUAUUAUUCCUUCGUUAUCUUUAUAAUUAUUGUAUUUCUGUCAAAUAAAAUGACACAUAAUUACUAUUAGGAUCAUAAUCCACUAUCAAGACAUUUUCAUUGACUGUCAAGCCCAUGCAAUGUCAUAAUCAAAGCUUAAACCUUAAAUAUUAAUGUCAUAAAAUGGCAUUUCAGUCAUCUUAAAUAUUUCCAAUUUGAAACGUCAAUGCAAAUUCUUGUAUAUGAGUGUGUUGAUGGUUAAAUUGAAUGACUCGAUUCAAAAAACAAUAAAAUUCCCUUUCUGUUGUCAA